GAUGUCACUAUUGGCAGCCGCAUCAUUUCCACAUGACUGAGCCACUGGAGGAAAUCACUAUCUGAAUGCGUCUCUAUAGGUUUAUUGGAAAGCGUAUCUGCUGCUAUUUUAACUUUAUCGACAUUUUCUCACCACACCUCUUUUGAUAGAGUCAGCAAUGUUCUCUUCGUCCAGAUCUUCUCUACUCUCGCCCUGGACCUCCAUGGAGCAGGCAGACUCAGAUGCUCUGGAUAUCAGCACCAAAGUGCAGCUGCAUGGGGUUUUGUGGAAGAGACCAUUCGGGAGACCCUCGGCCAAGUGGUCCCGCAGAUUCUUCAUCAUCAAGGAAAGUUUUUUGUUGUAUUAUGCUGAGAAUGAGAAAAAAAGCUUCGAGACCAAUAAAUACUUCAACAUCCAUCCCAAGGGAGUGAUUCCAUUAGGUGGAUGCAUUGUUGAGGCAAGAGAAGACCAAGGCAUGCCAUUCGCCAUGGUUAUCAAUCAUGAGGACUUCACUGGAAACAUUGUGCUGGCUGCAGAAUCAGUGUCGGAGCAGAGCCAGUGGGUGGAGAUGCUGCAAGAGUCCGGAAAAGUCACAUGGAAGAACGCACAGCUGGGCGAAGCUAUGAUUGAGAGUCUUGAAGCUCAAGGGUUACAACUUGCUAAGGAAAAGCAAGAAUACCUUGAUAAACUCAUGGAGGAAACUGAGGAGCUGUGCUUGCAAAGAGAACAGAAAGCUGAGCUGGAGAGACUGAAUCAGUUGCUGGAGGAAGAAAAGCAGAAGUUUGAGGAAGUGGUCCAAGAGCUGAGAACAGAACAAGAGCAAAUUAAACUAGAUCUGGACGGGACUGCUCAGUGUCUGAAAGGAGUGGAAAAUGAGAAAGAGGAGCUUCAUAAUCUUUCCACACUUCUGCAGAAGUCUUUGGAGGAGUUGUCCCAGGAGAAAAAGCGCACCCUCGAGCUGCUGCGAGAGAGGGGACAGGAUGUGGCUGAAACAGGGAGUGAUCGUCGGGGAUCUUUAGACUCCCAGAAUCCUCAGAUGCAGCUUCAGGGCAACCUGCGGCAAAUCGAGGAGCAGAUGAGGAGCCUGCUGAAAGAGAAAGAGCAAGCAGAAGAGAGGCUGAAAGAGAAUGAAAAGCGAGCCAAAGUUCUGCAGGAGGAGAGAGAGUUUUAUUCUUCUCAGUCUCAAGCUCUCCAGCAGUCCCUCACACAGCUCACUGCAGACAAACAACACACCGAGGAAGAGCUGAAGGCAGAGAUGGAGUCUCGCGUGGAACUGGAGCGUAGGCUGAAACUGGCUGAGGAGGCUCUUCAAGAUCUAGAGCAGGGUCUAAAUACAAUAGAACGCAGCCGCGAGAGGAAUGAACGAAUGAAAGGAGACGUCAGCCAACUGCGCAUGAAACACUCUCAGUCAUUUGCCUCCUCUCGUGGAGCUUCCUCAACCAGCCUUGAAGAGCUGAGAGAAACGGCUCGUCGUCUGACUUCAGACAGCUGCUUGAGACAGAAAGCCUACAAGAUCAUGACCCGCCAGAAGACCCUUCAGCCUGAAGACUAGCCAUAACCUGACUGAGAGAAGGACCAGAAGACGAAGUUAAGUUGAAAGUGUAGCAUUGAUGAUUCAAUAAGCGCAAUCUACAAAUGCAGUCUUCUGUUGAUUACUAAUGGAUUCUGUCUCCUUUUUUCUGUAAAUGUGUAACACUGUAGUAUCAUUAAAUAUAGAAUGUCAUUUAUUUGCUUUUAAUGAAACUUAACUUAUAAAACAAGACUUCCUGUACAGCAGCUUUCAAAAAAAUGUAGGUAAAUCUAAAGUGAACUGUGAUUAAAGUUGAUACAGAAUUAUUAACCCUCCUGUGAAUAAUUUCAGUACAACACAAGCAAUAAAAUGUUCAGGAUUUAUUAUUUACUUUUAAAUACAAACGUUCAAAAGAGUUGUUUCUGUUGUUUGUCAAGCAAGUAUAACCCUGCAUAUCCCCCUUUUAUAAAUGACUAAUCUUUUGUGGAAGCAAUGAAGCAUCUGCCGCCUACAUGGAAACACUAGCUUUCCAUUACAGUAAUAAAAGAGUGGUGCUAAGACAAAAAUAGAGCAAUUUGAUAAGAUUUUCCUUUUUUACAGGUGAAAUAAGGAAGCUACAAUCAUCUUCAUGUCAUGGCAGAUAUUAUAAUUUGAACAAAUCGGCAUGUGUAAUGUAUUUACCUGUAAUUAAGCUGUCAAGAGUCCUAAAAGCUUGAAUGGAAGUCUAUGGGGGGAAAAAUGCUGUGUCAAUUAAGCCAUCAAAUCAUUAGGUCAGACUUUGAUUAAAGAUUACCAAAACAAACUUUUUUUUUUUUUCCAGUGGAAUAACUGGCAUGGGUUAAUUGUUCACCUAAAGAAUAACAAUGUGUGCUAGCAACAUAAUUAUGGCAAAUUUAGAUUGCAUACAGACUGGUUUUGUAGUCCAGGGUCACGAAUGUGGUGCCAUCUGGAUGUGCUGGAAUUAAAAUGGCUGCAGACUUUA